UACUUUACCUUCCACGUCCGUUGUCGCUUCAAUAUGGCCGAGUGGACCAAUUACAAUGAUGUAGAGAAGCUAACUCAAUCCGGUAAGCGAACGGAUAACGAUGCAAUCGUGAGAAAGUCCUACGCCGAAACCAACAGCGAUGGGAUCACCAACGAAGGAACACAUGAAGAACACGCGAGUAAUCGAGACGAUCACGAAGAAACGGUCACGGACUCGACUCGUGGACCGGACCAUGUCAUCUACGAUAGUAAUUCGGAGUCGCCGGAGAAUUUCGCAAACGAGGAGGAAAAAAGAUUCGUAGAGAGCGAACGAACGGGAGACUCGGGCGCGAGGAUACGCCGGGAGGCAUGUCAGGAGCUAAGAGAAACCUCACAGAAUGCGCAAAAUUCACCAAAGAGGCCCAACAGCUUGUAUAAAGAAGAUGCGUCGAACCCGCAGAAGCUUAAGAAUGUCUUCAACGAGAGGAACUCGAUGUUUUGCUCACCUACCAGGAUCCUGUCGUCCAAGAAUCACUUGUCGACCGAGAAGAGCACCGAGAAGCUUGUGAACGGCAAAUCUCCCAAGGAUGAUAAACAGCAGCUUCACGUGCAAUUUAAUAAGGACUCCAAGAAGGAACAGCCGCGAAAAACGUCCGAGGAGAAGCCGCAUCCGAGCCCGUCGAUCUCUACAUCCACAACCAGCAGCUCGGAUGACAAUUCCAGCUUGGAGCAGUUAUGCGAGGCGAGGCCGCCCGAUGGUGGUUGGGGCUGGGUUAUCGUGGCAGCCUCGUUCAUGGUGAAUCUGAUCGCCGACGGUAUCACCUUCUCGUUCGGCGUGAUAUUUGUCGAGUUCCUGAAUUACUUCGGUGAAGGGAAAUCUAAGACUGCGUGGAUCGGCAGUCUCUUCAUGGCGAUGCCGCUGCUGUCGGGUCCAGUGGCAAGUUUCUUGACCGAUAGAUACGGAUGCAGGAAAGUGACCAUAGCAGGCAGCUUACUGGCGACCACCGGUUUCGUUGUCAGCUCGUUCGCGAACUCAAUGGAAGUGCUGAUCUUCACAUUCGGUAUCGUGUCGGGUUUUGGUCUGUCCCUGUGUUUCGUCGCGGCGGUCGUGAUCGUGGCGUAUUAUUUCGACAAGAAGAGAUCCUUCGCAACUGGCCUCUCAGUGUGUGGCAGCGGGAUAGGCACCUUCAUCUUUGCACCCGUCACACAGUGGCUGCUGGCGGAAUAUAGCUGGCGAGGGACCACGCUGAUCCUGGCGGGUCUGUUCUCGAAUCUCGCCGUGUGCGGUUGCUUGAUGCGGGACCUCGAAUGGACCACCACUCGAGCGAAGGCGAAGACUCAGAAGAGGCGGAAGAACCGCGAGAAGAAGCGCUCGAGGAUGCAGAGCUCUAGCGUGGACUCAUUCUCUGCCACCAGUUCCGCGAACACGACCACGCAGACGCCCCACGGCGACUCUAAGCGGGGCUUUGCUUCGGCCAACGCGAUGAUCAUCGAGAAUCUUCGGUUGCAGGGCGACGGGAAUGAAGAUAGCGGUGAAAAGUUGUUCUCCAGUUUAGUAAGCCUGCCUACCUUCGUUAAGAACGGGGAAAAGGUACCUUUGGAGGUAUUGGAACUACUCAGCACGAACAAGGCCGUUUACAACGUCCUGCUGCAGAACUAUCCGAGUCUCCUGAUAUCAUCGAGGAGCUUCAGCGAUUCCGGGGCGCUGCACGAUCAACUGAGCACACCAUCCGCUCGUUUCAUACCCACGCCAAGUCCGUUGGCCGAGUUAAGGGCUGACGACGGCAAGGAGAGGGUUGUGCGCGGAGGUAGCGAUGACGAACGUGCUCGCGGCGAACAGCAAACAGCGAUGGAACCAUACUUAUGGUGGCUGAAAAAGCCGUCCGAUCCGGACGUUCCGUUGAGGCGAUCCAGCGCUCUGGAACAACCGAGGGUGCCCACCGCCUAUCUCAAGGACAUCAGGAUGCACAGGCACAGCCUAACUUACAGGGGUGCAAUGUUAAACAUCAAUCGAUACCACUUGCGUGCAUCAAGCUGCCCGGACAUCUACAGGAACUCGAUGACCACGAUCGCUAAGACGAAGCUCAUCUCGCACGCCGGAUUCUGGGAGUUCUGGGACCUGAUUGUCGACAUAUUGGACUUCUCGUACUUCGCCAACCCGCGGUUCCUGCUGUUCGCAGUCAGCAAUUUCCUCCUGCACACAUGGUACGACGUGCCUUAUGUCUAUCUGACGGAUAACGCGAUCGAGGUCGGAUUCAGCGAGACGGAUGCGUCUAUCCUGAUCUCGGUGAUUGGGAUCGCUAACAUGUUCGGCGAGAUUCUUCUAGGCUGGGCCGGUGACAGGGCAUGGGUAAACGCAUCUUUAGUCUACGCGACGUGCAUGACACUCUGCGGUGCCGUCACCGCUCUGAUACCGAUAGUUGUCAGCCAUUAUUAUACCCUAUGUGCAAUCUCUGGUGCCUUUGGAUUAUUCAUCGCAGCGAAUUACAGUCUCACCAGCAUCAUCCUUGUCGAGCUGAUCACCUUGGAGAGGUUUACGAAUGCGUAUGGCCUUCUGUUACUGGUUCAAGGAAUCGCCAAUCUUAUGGGUCCUCCGUUAGCUGGAUGGCUAUACGACAUUACAGGCACGUACAACUUGUCCUUCUACUUGGCCGGCUUAUUUAUCGCGUUGAGCGGCGCGUUGUUGUUAGUGAUGCCCCUGAUCAACCUGUAUCGAAAGUGUCGAAAUGGUGAAUCCAACAAGGAAACCGCCGACAAGGAUUUUAAUGCGAUAGACGUGUAAAUACUAUUUAUCAGAUACGUAGACAGAGGAAACACAGACAGACGACAAGCCAGAGACGAGCAACAUCGAUCCGCGAUUCCAUUGCGACCGGAAGGCUUGGAUGUCACGAUGUCACGAAGAAGUGCAAUUGCGGCUUACGAGAGUCCGGCGCUCCUAGAUUUUUUCGGAACAACGGUGCGUUGUCGCUGCACAACGCAACACAACACGUACGCGCUGCGACAUAAGUCGUUUGAGCCAGUUGGCUGUGGUGUAAUUAUGUAUAAGUUAUAAGUUCGUCAUAGUUAUGGUCCCGCCUGAGCGUGGUCGACGCUCUUUUUCUCGCGACAACCGAAUGCGAAUGCGGCUCGAGGAAAGUGUUACGCAAAUCGUGUGGCCAGUCGCGAUGGCUACAGAUUCCGAUUCCGCGCGAUUAUCAUAAGCGCACGGCCGGUGCUGCUUCGCCCAGACUUUACUUUCGGCGAGGGUUACCGGGUCACUUCUAAUCUCUCUUAGACGUUGCGCAACGCUGAGAAAUUAUUAUCGAGAGUGAGCAUAGCGUUAAUAUUCACGGUAUAGCGAUAUAUAUUAUAGACCAAUAUAUUACGAUAGAAUAAAAUUGUACAAAUUAGGGACAGGCCCGCCGCUCGCGGUAACGCAAAGUUGGACAUGGCCCGCGGAAGGUUCGUUACGAGCGUUCGUUACGCGAGCUCGCCUCGCCGUCUUUGUCCGCGUAUCGUAUCUUCGUGCAGAGGUACUGUCGCGGACGCGGCUAAGCGAGCUGAGCGUAACUUUCGAAUCUCAGGACACUAUCAACAAUCGAAGGCACGCGAGAGAUCAGAUCACGCGUCCUCGCAUACGGGGCGUCCUCGCGCGUUCGUGUGUACAGAAAACAAUUGUACAAACUCUAACUGCAUGCUCGUAGCCGCUAUCCCUCCAAGAGUGAAUUAUAUCAUCACGUUAGAGAGACUGUACGACUAUGACAAGUUAUUCCAUCCUUUUUUUCAUCCGCGGAUAACGCCGAAAGCAUUGUAAAUUGAUCACGCCAUGCAAGUACCUUCGAUUUCCUCGCAAUCAUCAAUCGUACGUCACAUCAUCGCGUCAUAUCACCUCCGUUCCGGGGCCUCCGCGAAUUAUCCGAAUUGGAUUCGCGUAGAUAAUCAAGUUUAAUUAAGCAGAUGCAAUGAAAAACGUAUUAUUACGUUAGACACCGUAACUCGCGCGGCUCCAGCACGGAGGUUGCAAAAACCUCCGUUUGAGCAAAGGUCCAUCCUUAUUUCCUUCGCUUUCCUGAACGCGAGCGAAGAGGAGUCGCGUCGCGUCGUUCAGCGAACGUGCACGUAUGUUGGAGUUUCGCGGCGAGCGGAGACAAGAAGUGAGACGGUUAACGGCUUACGCGGGAUUACCGGAGACGGAAUUUAAGCGGAUCGUUUCGAUAGAGAGUUUUCUCGUUUAAGAGUGCGGUGUGCACGCGUUUCGUUCGGGAUACGUGUCUAUAAGAUAGGCAUGUGUGUAUAGCUUUUCUGUGAUCGUAAACUUGCCUCUAUUAUCAAUUUUGCGAGCUGCAAAUAGACUACUACCUCCGUUAUACCAUAGUGUAUGCGUACGUAACAUGCGUGCGUGCGUGUGUGCGUGCAUGUUCGUUCUACUCGAUUGUUAGGACCGUCGAAAUGUUCGCACAUCACGAUACAUAACGUUCUGUUCGCACCCGACUGCAUCGUACGAUCAUUUUUCUUUCAUUAGGAGAACGAGCAAUGCAUCAAUCAUUGUAGCACUCUUCGACCGUACCAAUCGUAAUAACGAAACAACUCGAGAGACAGCUGUAAAUCUAACGUAAACACGAAUGGAAAGCUAACGAUGAAGAGUCUAUUGCUCUUGACGAAUUUUAACUGUGCGUAUGUCAUUUCAGUUAGUGAGACAUCGAGACUUAAACUUGCGUGUGCUUCUCGAUGGAGAUCAGCGUCAAACGCGAGGUAGAGAUUUUUCUAAAAGUAAUUUCAAAAGAAAUUGCAUUACGCGAUAUUUUAGGUACUCCGUCGAGGGAAGAAUCCAAAACAAAAAAAGAUUUACUAUUUCGAAGAUUUCUUUUAUAGUAUAUCACCAUAUAGGAAUACACGUAUAUGUAUAAAACAUUACGAGGCCUUUAUACGAAACUAAAAAAAAAAAUGAAAGAGGAGGAAAAUACAGAGGAUUUUACUGCUUUUAGAUGUUGAAAAUUGAGUCGAUUAGAUAGCGAGUUUUGAAUUAUUUAUUUAGCGCCGGACUGAGCGCGGGCGCGUUCACGCUCGCGCGCACGGAACGCGGUACUCGAAAGUAAAUCGCGAUCGGAAUUCUAUGUUUCGAUUUACACUCAUACGUUUUUGAUUCCGGAGAUAUCCGAACGGAUCAGUGUCUUAUUAAAAUCGUGUCCGGUGUGCCAAGUUCGAAAGUUAUGAGUGCAAUAAUUUGUCCUGCAGCGUAUAUGCUCGCAUUACACAUCACACGUACGCAGCCUUAUGGCAUCUACGAAAUGUAUAAAGCAAUAUUUUAAUAUAAAAAGGAAAGAAAAAAUUGUGUAUUUACAUAUAUUUACGAUAUCAAGUCGCCGGCGGCGUCGCGAGAUGGACCGACGACGUUCAACGAUAGUAUUAAGCGUUAGUUGAUUAAGCCGAGGAAUGGGACGCAAAUAAUCUGUGAAAGAGUGAACGAGGACUUUUGUUUAUGAAUCCCGGGGGAGAGAGAAAAAAGAGACUCUUCUCUUCCGCGGUAAAGUGAGAGAAGCUAAUCGAAAGAAAGAGAGAGAGUAGAGAAGGCAGCAAAACGAGCGUUUUACGAGCGUUUCAGCUGAUGAUAAUCGGUAUUCCACUUGCAUUACGCGAGGUUGCAAGAUUAUUUAGAAUUUUGGCAUAUAUUCUACGUAUUCUACGAACUUCCGAGAAAAAUCUCCGAAAAUUCGAUCGAUUACCGAUUAUUCAAUUAUAUUUCCGGCGAUCUCGAUCGUUAAAUCUAGAGCAUACAGUAUCGAUCUCUAGCGACUAUCUUACAUCUGACACGUAUACACAGGUUUUACGUAUAACGCUGUAUGUACGAGUACAUACAUCGAUAUUUAUUGGCGUAAAUCAUUGCGGACUUGAACGUUCUUGUUGACUCUUAACUAUAUAAUUAAGGAACGAAUCUUAUACGAUUAGUCCUACGCAUGUACGUAAAAAAAUUCUUAGCCGAUGCCGAUCCCCGCUGAAGAUAUAUGAUGCGAUGCGUCAAUUCAGUUCUCAAGUAAAAAUCCUCAUGUAUCAGAAAUUACCCGAAAGUGAUCCGAAUAAAUAUCGUAGUGAUCUCUCGGUGA